GAGCCGAGUGAGCCGGAGCUUGUGAGUAAACGAAUGCAGUGAGAGAAAGUGCAGGUCUCUCCAAGCGUCGCUUAUGAACCUGAAAAAGAGUAGAAAAGGGAAGAGACUACGGAGAAUGAAAGGUCCUCUCCAGAGUCUUAGCUGGCUCUAAAAGAUGGAAAGAAUCUUGAACUCCACCAGACCUUUUUCCAUGUCCACAGAUCAGCCAAAAUUCAAGGCUUAUGGCUGCCACGACCCCACACCAGAACCACAUGCAGCCAGCAGCGUUGGCAAAAGCAGCGAGCUUGAUGAGCUGUUGUUUCAGGCAGACUUUUCCAACUUUCUUCUGAAGGUCAUCUCUCAUGGAACAGCCAAGCAUGUGGGGACGGGCCCUCUGGGGACAGAAAAGCCAUCCAUUAUUGCCCAGGCAGAGUGUGAAUCUCAGGACUCGCAGGAAUUCUGUCCCAACAGCAGACACAAAAAUGUCACCUACAGUGACCUCAGCACUCCCCUGUCCUGCACCCAGGGGUCAGUCUCUCGCCGCCGGCCCCGAAAGAAGCAUCGAAAGAGACAGCGGCGGAGGCAGGGAGAGAGGGAGGGUCAGCAGAGGGAUGGAGGGAGUGAGAGAGUGAGAGAGAGAAGACUGACCGGAGUGCCGGAACAGGACAGUGGAGAGGUGGGAGAGUGUAGCUACAGCAGCACCAGCAGCAGAUCCUACAGCAGCAGCAGAGCUGUUAGCACAGAGAGCCUGUCUGUGCAGGAAACGGCACGGCCAUGUUACCCUUCUCACCUCGGCCUCCGCACCUCUCCGCUUUCUUCUCCAGACCUCUGGGGGUCAAUCCAGGCCCUGCCCUCCUGUGAGAGCUAUGGUCAGGAGUGUGAGAGUUCACAGGAGUUCUUGAACAGUGAAAAAGACUGCAGCCUGGCUGUACAGGGGCUCCGAAACUACGUCACACAAUCUGAGCGCUCUUAUGCCUCAGCUUUCGUCAGAGAAAUGGUCAAAGUGGAGAAGGACAGAGAGGAGUAUGAGGAGGAAGAACAGGAGGAAAGCAACACAAAUGAAGGGAUUCUCUUUAAUGAGGAACUGCACCCUGACAACUAUGAAUAUCGGGAGGGGAGGGAUUAUGAAGUCUGUGAUUUACUAAAGCAAGGAUCGUAUGGAGACGUCUACAGCAUCAGAGACAAAUCCACUGGCUUUCUGUGCGCUGCCAAAAAGGUGCCGGUGAAGAAUUUCUGUAUUGAGGAGGUGGGCUCGUGGAGUGCCCUCCAGGCUCCUCAUAUAGUAGAUCUAUAUGGAUUUGUCAGAGAGGGUCGAUCCAUCAUCCUUUUUAUGGACCUCAAACCUGGCUCUCUGGGCCAGUUGCUGAAGGAGAGGGGCCGCCUGCCUGAGGAUCUCUCCCUGCAUUACCUGCACCAGGUGCAGGGGGCGCUAGAGCACCUCCACAAGAGGCGGAUCUUACACCUGGACAUCAAAGUGGAUAACGUGUUGCUGUCCAAAGACGGAAAAGACACAUUCCUGUGUGACUUUGGGCAGUCAGAGCGAUUAGACCAACAUGGAUUCAGUCCUUCUAAAGUUCUGAAGGGGACGGAGACACAUAUGGCUCCUGAAGUGGCGCGUGGAGAUAAGCGCAGUGGAAAGGCGGACGUGUGGAGCAGCUGCUGCAUGUUUCUGCACAUGCUCAAUGGCUGCCAGCCCUGGACCCGCUACUACACUCGCCCACUCUACCUUAAGAUUGCUGAAGAGCCACCACCCCUGAGGGAGAUCCCACCUGACUGCAGCCCUCAUACUGCUGAUAUCAUCAAACGGGGCCUGCAGAAAGAUCCGAACCGAAGAGCCUCAGCCAAGGAUCUCAGAGUUCAAUCAGCGAAAGCACUUAAAGAAUUGGGAGGUCUUCGUAGCCCUGCAUGGGGAGGGGCCUAUCAGAAACCAAUAGAGAAGCCAGAGAGGCGUGACCCCGCCCCCUUCUCCCAUAGCUCUGUGCAGCAGUGGAUGGGCCCAGGGCAGGAAUGGAGAGAGGGGGCAGGAAUAAAGGUGGGAUCACAGCACAAGAGCACCAAUGAGGAAAAACUGGAGGAAGUGGUAGAUGAAGAGAUGGUGCAGGAGGAGGAGGAAGAAGAUGAGGUGGAAGAGGAAACUCGAAGAAAUGAGGGAUACCCUCCUCCAGCUUCUGCACUUUAUAUGCACUCUCCGUCUCCUGAGCCUAAUGAACUCACUAAGCAGGAGCUUCGGAAACUUGAGAGAGAUUUCUUCCUGAGCAGUUUGUCUCAGCCGCACUCCGCUGAAUUACAGGAGCAGCUCCUCUCCUGCCUGGGCAGCGACUGCCUCUCCACCAGAGAGCCAUGGGACAAAAAGGAUUCAGGACGCUGGUCUGUCGGUGCUGGCGAUGACCUCAGCUCAGGCGUGUUCUCUUACAACAGCCAAUCAGACGGCCAGAGCUUUAGCAUGGACUGGUUGGUCCCUGCCCAUCAGCCCCCACCGCGCUGCUUUGAGGGGGUGGAUGUUUGCAUCAGGGAUUUCAAUGGCCGAUGUUUCCGUAUCCGUGAAACACCCAGAGUAAAAGUGGGUCACAUUGCUGUAGGAAUCAGUGAUCAGAUCUCUGAGAAAGUGUUCAGUCUACAGAGCGAGGAUGGUUCUCUGGUGCCCCAUGAUAAAGAAGUGCAGGAAACAGGUCUUUUCCUGCGCUGCGUCCGUGCCCCCGACUGUAGCCACGCCCCCUGCUGCAAGAGGGCUCCAGACUGCAGACAUGCCCCCUGCUGCAAGACCCCAUGGGUCUGGAGAGUCCGAGAUGGAGUGCUGGAGACCAGAGACUGAUCCCUUCACUCCUGAAGCAUAUCACUGCUGUCGGAGGAAAACCUUGCAUCUCCAUUUUUGAUGUUUUUUAAACAUAUUUUAAAAGUACAUGUUAGAGUGUGUUUAAAUUUCAUGAUGAACGGACUAAAAGAAAUGACCCAAAACGACUUGGAACAAAUUCUGGUUCCAUUGAGUUACUGUGAAGGUAAAGGAAGUUUUUUUCCUUCUCCUGUAAAGUUCCCAUUUUGGAGAUAUGAGACAACAGUGAUAUGCUUUCUGCUUUCGCACAUAUAAAGCUCUGACAUUUUUACUUUCUCUGCUCUUAUUGCCUCAAACGUUUUGCUUAUCACAGUACAUAUCAGUUUUUACAGUGUCACAGAAGUGCCAAAAAAUGAUUAUUAUUAUUAUUUUUUUAAUGAACUAAUAAUGAUUAACAUAAGAUUUUACAAUAUGAUGGUCAUUCCUAGAACAGUAUAUCCAAGUCAGUAACCAUUUAGGAACCUUUCUCAAAGGAAAUUCUCAAAGGAAUCAAAGAAAAGUGUCAGGUUGUUAGGUAAUCUCAUACAAUCUUGCUUAUGUGGUUUAUGACAUUGUAAUUUUGUCCAUCUGUGGUCAGUCCACCACUUUUGGGCUAAAAGGAAAAUGGUAUACAGUUGAUUUUUAGCCAGACUAUCAUUUUAAUUGUCCCUCCAUUUCUACAUAUCUUUUUAAACAAAUUGUAAGUAGCUUCUCAAACAUUGUCUUGUCUUUUGACUUGCUUUUUAAACAAUGUUUACAGUGGAUACCAGUGUUUACAAAUGAAUAUCAAGGUUUCAAUGUAAUGUAAAAUGUUUUUUUACAAACUGAUACGUACACAACUGUUUUAAAACCGAGUCAACCAGCAAGUAAGCAACUCGCACGCCGCUAUCAGUCAGUCACAGUAAUUACAGAGAGUAAUUUCUAGUUCAUUGUGUUGUAGCUUCACCACUGCUACUUACAUGUACCUCUUACAGCUACCAUGUGUAUGACUGUGAGAAUAAAAGCUGUGAUUUUAUACCAUU